UCGUUUAUUAUUUGAUUCCGGCCUGUGAAGCCUUUAUUUUGCAGACGGGUCUGUUCUGUCAGUUAAGUAAAGUCAGUUAGCAGCAGUUGAGUGGCUAGCCGACACCCCGUAGCUGAACUUUAAACAUUUAAAGGAGCAUUUUUAUUCAAAAAACCUUACCUCCGUUAGCCUCAGAAAUGGCCUACCCUAAAUCCCACAACCCAUUUGCAGAUGAUGACGAUGAUGAGGCUUUUAAACCCAAAAAUAGGGGGUUUGAUGAUGAAUUCGACGACAGUGGGCUAAGUGAACCAGAGAGGAGGCAGCGCUACCUCCAGCGGGAAGUGAUGCGUACAGCUCAGUCUGCUGUCGACAGCAGUCACCGUUCACUUGGCCUUAUCUAUGAAUCAGAGAAGAUGGGUGUGGAAACUGGAGAGGAGUUGAUGCGACAGGGAGAAGUUCUGAAAAGGACAGAUAAGAUGUUGGACAACAUGGAUCAGGACCUGAAAACCAGCCAGAAGCACAUUACCAGUAUAAAAAGUGUGUGGGGUGGUCUUGUCAAUUACUUCAAGGGAAAGCCUGAGGCAAAACCGCCACCACCCGAGGAGCCAAAAGCGUAUCAGGGAAGCGACAGACUACAGGGUGCCUUGUCGAGCAGCAGAGAACAUGAAGAUAAGUACCAGGCCAGCCAUCCAAAUCUUAGGCAUCUGAAUACAGAAGGAUUUGGUGCUUCGGCCUCUAUGGAUGACAGCUCAUCUAGACAGAAUGGAUACCCUCAGAACAGACAGCUAAGAGAGGCGCACCACACCCUUGAUAAAAACUUAGAUGAGAUGUGCGGUGGCUUGAGCAGACUGAAGAACCUUGGACUGGGUCUCCAGACUGAGAUCGAAGAGCAGGACGACUCCAUCGAUUCCUUGAUGAACAAAGUGGACAAGAUGGACCUCAAGAUUCACAACACAAACCAACAGAUAAAAAACCUCAAAUAAAAAAACACUUGGACUCAUAUUACAGAGACAGAAGACAGCAACAGGUCUGCUCUCCAUCCUGGCCUCUCUUGAAUAUACUAAACGUACAGACACGUAACUCUGACAGAUAAGCAAGUGAACACAUUUUUAUCCAAAUCAAUUUCCUUCAGUAUGACUGACAGUUUUCAAUUAAUUCCUUUUCAGAUUUUACUAUAAAUCAAAUUUAUUUUGAAUUUCCUCCUGCCACUGAUAUGUUACUUGUGCUUACAAGGGAAGACUCUAUACCAUGAGUGUAGUGAUGUAAGGGACUGUCUUAACUCAGUUUUUUCUACCAUCUCCUCACCCCACUCUGCCUCAGUCUGAAUGUAGUUGAUCACCAAAGAAUUAGAGUUGGUCACUAGUUUGUUCAUCAUAGUUUUUUCAGGAUAAACAGAAAACUGACUGAAGGGGUAUUAAUAAUUCAGUAAAUGUACAAGAACACAGCAUGUCUUACAUGACAAUACUUUGUGUAUAUGACUCAUUUGUCAGUGCUAACUCAAAUACUGGACCUGCCUACAAAACACUUCAGAUGUCCAGCUCAGUUCACUUUUGCCUUAUAUAUUUAUAUAUUUGUACAUGCACUAGAAUAGGUUGUCAUGACUCUGUCGCUCCCCAUACAUCUUACAUGAGAUGCUUAACUUUGUUUCAUUCAUUGCAUUUUUGUUUAAAGUCCUUGCUCCUUUCUCCUCCUUGCUUAUUUCCAGAGAGUUAUAUAAAUUGUCUAUAUCGGGAACUGUGUGGGAUACUGCAGAAUGUGAUCAAGUGGAUAAAUGUGCAGCAUAAAAUGUGAACAAGCUAGCUGUGACUAUAAAAAGAAGCUGGAGAAUAUCCCUUUUGUUAUUUACAGUUUAUCCGCCUUGGGAUAGAUUUAUGAGUACAUGAACCACUUCAAGAUGUUUUUUUUAGAUAUAUAGAUUAAUCCAAUAAAUCGAUUAAAGAUAGAAAAUGAAAUGAGGGUCAGGAAGUGUAAUUUUUGCCAUAUGUCAUGUUUAUGUAUACCACCACUACAUACCCAAUAAAGACUUCUAUAAGGGGA